AUUCACGCGGAGCAGGAACAUGUCCUGGCUGUUACCGCCUGGCCGCGGAUCAUGAGGAGGCCUGGGCGCGAGCUGCGGCGGGAACUCCAUCUCCCAGCAUGCUGUGCUGCGCGGCCCAGCGCGGGGACUCCAUUUCCCCGCGUGCUGCGCGGCCCAGGCCAGCCCAGCCCGUUGGGGAGUGGCGUACGGCGGCCGGGAGGGCGGAGGCCGUGGCGGGAUGGAGUCGGUGGUCUUCAUUUUCUCGCUGAUUGACUGCUGUGCCCUCAUCUUUCUCUCCGUCUACUUUAUAAUUACACUAUCAGAUUUGGAAUGUGACUACAUUAAUGCUAGAUCCUGCUGCUCAAAACUCAAUAAAUGGGUGGUCCCUGAGGUGAUUGGCCAUGCUGUUGUAACUGUACUAAUGCUUAUUUCAUUGCACUGGUUCAUCUUUCUCCUUAAUUUACCAGUAGCAACAUGGAAUAUAUAUAGGUACAUUAUGGUGCCAAGUGGAAACAUGGGGGUAUUUGAUCCCACGGAGAUCCAUAACCGAGGACAACUGAAAUCACACAUGAAGGAAGCUAUGAUUAAACUAGGCUUUCAUCUGCUGUGUUUCUUCAUGUACCUCUACAGUAUGAUUCUGGCUUUGAUAAAUGAUUGAGAAGUUGAGAAAGAAACCUUAGCUGCCAAAUUGGGUCAUCACUCCAGUGACUGGUGAUGGAGCCACAGACAUCUUCCGACCAUACCUAGAUCAGUGUCGUCAUGCAGUAUAUUUUUCCUCCUUGAACAAGAAAUAUUUUUCUGUAUUUUUAACAUAAAAUAUUUUCAAAAGACAUCAGAUUGGUGUAGCAGUUGUUUUUGUUCCUUUUACAACCCAAACUGCUGGAGCUGCAGCUUCUGGAAGAUGAAAUCCUUACUUACAGAACUGAUCUCUUAGGAAUCAAAUGGUGAGAAGUGAAACUCAUUUCAGCAGCAUGGGCUGAUAAUAGUGGUAGUUCCAGAACAAAUUUAAGUGCAGGUCUGAUGUCUGCUUCUUACUGAAAGGUGUCAGGAUGUGCCUCUGGCUCUCAAGCUGUCCUAUUAGAGCCUAGUUUGAAGUGCUUGGAACAUAGAUUUCAAAGUGGAACAGUAGCAGUUUGCAUCUUUGUGUCAGUGUGUUUUUCAGCUAAAGAGCAAUGGAAUAAAAAUGAUGCUUUUCUCCCUUUCCAUCCCUCCCUUCAACAACCCAUAUGGAGUGUCUUGUAUUUGGAUGGAUUAAGGUCCCUUUUGGUAAAAGGGACACUUGUGUGUAAGACUGAAAACCAGAUAAAUAAGAAACAUGAUUAAUACUUGCAUUUUCCCUUCAACUCUUAUUUUGUCAUUGAACAUACAUGAUAGAUCUCUGUACAAAGCAAGCUUCACACUGCACCAGGGUUGGAGUUGAUUACAGAGCAAAAGACUAUCUGCAGUUACUACUCCAUGAACCUGCUCUUUCCAUAUCCACUGAAGUGAAAAAACAAGUGUGACUA